AGUACAUAAACCAGCUUUAGGGCAUAUCCCUACAAGUUAUUAUAGUAUAGGCAGCAGCUAAAAGAUGACUUUUUAUGCAGAGUAAGAGGAAGCCGAGGCUUUUCUGGGUGUCGGCGAUAGCCCCAAUGGUCACGGUUGUAGAUGGUGGCUUGUUUGCUUAUUUCGGACACGUCGAAAAACAUGGCAUCCAAAUUGUGGGUCGUUCAGCAUUUGAACUUCGACCCCCAAUAUUUACCAGUGACUUUGCAAGCUGGAAUCAUCUCCGGAAUUUUGGCCUUGGCAGAAGGUACAGCAAUAGGGAGGAGCUUUGCAAUCAUGAGGAAUUAUCAGACGGAUGGUAACGAGGAGAUGAUUGCUUUUGGACUCAUGAAUAUUGUCGGUUCUUUCAGUUCUUGCUAUCUCACCACAGGGCCAUUCUCGAAAUCUGCUGUGAACUUUAAUGCCGGUUGCCGGACGGCCAUGUCGAACAUAGUCAUGGCGGUCUGCCUGAGGCUGACGCUGCUGUUUCUGGGCCCUCUGUUCAGCUACACCCCUCUGGUGGCCCUAUCCGCCAUCAUAAUGGUCGCCAUGUUCGGGUUGAUAAAGUACGAGGAAGCUUACAGGUUCUUCAAGGUCGACAAGUUUGACUUCAUCAUCUGCAUGGCUGCCUUCUUUGGCGUCACCUUUAUCAGCAUGGAUGUUGGGCUCCAUAUAUCCUUGGGACUGUCAUUGGGGAGGGCACUUCUUUCCGUGGCCAGGCCGGCUACGUGCAAGCUUGGAAAAAUGCCGGAAUCGGCCCUUUUUAGGGACAUAGAGCAGUACCCCUUUUCGAAUGAGAAUGAGAUUUCAGGAAUCUUGAUUCUCGAAAUGGGUUCUCCAAUUUAUUUCGCCAACUGUGUCUAAGUCAAAGAAAGGGUCUGGAGGUGGAUUAGGGAGGAAAACGGCAUCUCAACCUCCAAGGAAAAUGUGGUCGAGCAUUAAUAUGUUUGAUAGGGUCAGAAUUUUCAGGGCUCGAUUUGGUCGCACUUACCGUGAAAGAAAGUGAAAGGGCGGCAGGAAUUGGCUCAACAUAGAGGCAGGCCCCCUUUGAGCUAAUUGAACAUAAAAACUUGUUUUGCGUAUUUUAAGUAUUUCAUUGGUUGGCCUGAACAGAUUGAUCUUUUCCAUUUGCUUAUUAUUCUGUCGACCCAAAGGACCUCAGCAGACAGAUUAAACAUUAAACGGAACAUAAUGUACACUUUUCUGGGUGUACGUUUUACCUGAUAUGACCGCUCUACUUGGCAGCGGUGACGACCAUUGAUAUUGCCGGGCUUGAGAUGCUACAAGAGCUAAACCACAGCUUGGAGUCCAAUGAUAUUAAGGUAUCAAUAAUAAAUCCAAGGACCGAGGUGAUGGAGAAGAUGAUCUUGUCGAGAUUCGUGGAGAAGGUUGGCAAGGAAUCCUUCUUCUUGUCGAUAGAAGACGCUGUAGAGGCAUGUAGGUUCUCGAUGAAUUUCGAACCGAGAGCAAUGAGUGGCUCCUCAGGGAAUUUGGAGGGUCCUUAGAUUGGCGCGAACACGUUUUGCCACUCAAUUGAACUCCACCGAUCUCCUACUGCAACUUGCAGAACCGCAGUAUUUGCUACAUGGACAAGUGGUUGUAUCAUGUUGGCCCCAAUCAACAUCUCCGAUCUCCACUCUCGAUAUUUUUGGAGAGAGAUGGAUAUGUAAAUACUUUGGCUCGGCUGUAUUUUCUAUCUCUAUUAUGAAUGCAUGAAUUACCUUUCAGAGGAAAAAAAAAAUAAGAAAGAAAAGGACA